AUGGACCAAUUUGAGCGGCUGCGUGCAGUUGGUCUGUUAGAGAGCUACUCCACAGCGAGACAUCAUCUCAAAUUCUACUUGAAUGCGUCUAUAGCGGCUACCUACAAUCUUCCAGAAACAUACAAUUCCCCUGUAAAGGACUACAUAUACAGAGCCUGCGCAAGACUCAUUAACCAACAUCCAAUUCUAUCCGCUGUCCCCGUGGGCGAAGACACCAAGGAACCGUACUUUGCGCGUCUCCCAGAGGUUGAUUUGGAGAAGUCGGUCUCAUUUGAGAAGCGCGCCCAUGAUUUUCCAGAAGCAGAUGAGCCAGACACUGAGCUGGAGACACUGCUAACUACACAACAUAACACGCCUUUUACACCACCAUUACCCUACUGGAGACUCUGUGUGUUGACUGAUGCUACGAGUGAACGGCGAUUCACCGCUGCUUUUGUCUACCACCAUGCCAUUGGUGAUGGAACAUCUGGCAAAGCCUUUCACAAGACAUUCCUCCAGGCAUUGCGUGAAACCGCCGCAUCAGUAGGCCUCGAAGAAGUCAAGACAGUCAUAGCUCCACCCAAGGUGCCGCUGCUGCCAAAUUCCGAGGCAGUUCAUCCCCUCCCGGUGUCUAUUUUCUACCUUGCUACCACUCUGUUCAAAGAGAAAGUCUGGUCAUGGCCAGAUCCUGGCCUCUGGACCGGCUCAGAGAUCAUCGUACCACUGGAGACCCAACUGCGUCAUAUCGUCUUCCCGGAACAUGUCACUUCAGCCCUGAAGGACCGCUGUCGUCAGAACAACACCACCAUCACCGCAGUGUUGGAAACCGCCAUUGCUCGCUCGCUUUUCGCUCGUCUACCCGAAAAGUUCACGAGCGUCAAGUGCACUGGUGCAAUGUCAACGCGCAGGUGGCUGCCUGACAUCAUCACGGAUGAUUCAAUGGGCGUCUGGGUCCAGGAUUUCGAGGACACAUUCUCCCGCAAUAACGUUACAAGUGACAGCUUCCCAUGGGAAGAGGCGAGACGCGCGCGGAAAACCAUUGAGAAUGUCUUGAGUCUGAAGGGGAAGAACGCCAGUCCCAACCUUCUCAAAUACGUGGAUGAUGUUCAUGACCUCUUCCUGUCUAAAGUCGGCAAGGCAAGGAAAAGCAGCUUUGAGGUUUCUAAUGUUGGUGUUCUGGCUGCGGAUCAAGAUCCCGCCAAACCGCGGAUUGGAAGAAUGGUCUUCUCUCAGACUGCCAGUGUCACUGGGAAUGCAUUUGAGGUUUCUGUUAUCACGGGUGGUGAUCGGUGUAUGGUGUUGGCCUUUACAUGGCAGACCCACGUUGUAGAGUUGGAUUUGAUGUCUGCUGUUAUUGACUCGAUCAGGACAGAGCUGGUCAACCUCUGUUCUUAG